GUUUCAGAAACUGGCCCCGUUCCGCUUCCCCUCAUGUUGUGCCAUGAUCCACUGCCGGUUCCCCGAGUGGUCGAUGCUGGGACAGGGAAGCUAGUGCUGCUCGAUGAAUUUGUCCGCCUUGAGGGACAUCACUGGGCUUCGUCAUGGACGAAAGGGCGAGGGAGCAUCUAUCGCCUGGAUCGCUACGGCCAUCGAGGCGAAUCCCUGCUCCUUCCAAACUUCUGCCGGGUGGAAGAGCCAGAUCUCGGUGUGCACCUGGAGACCGAACACGGACGUCAAGACACCUCGUGGCUUUGCCCUGGAUUAGCCAAGCUUGCUGCGGAUGUAGAGCCGCGAAAACUCUCUGUGUCUGAACUUCUGCAGACUAUACAGUCAUCCAGCUCCAUCGAGAUUGUCCUUCCAGUGGCCAAGCUGGGCUUUGAUUCUGCGCCUGCUUUUGAGGGUUUUAGUCGAGCUGCCUCAAGACGGUGUCCAUUUUACAUCAAGGCAUUUGACAUGGGCGCGAGAUUGGAGCUCUCCAUGGUGCCGUCGUUGAAAACACGCACAGGAGACCCAGAUUCCGUGGAUGCAGAAAUCUUGGCUGAGCGACUGAGUGCGCAGCUCUUUCCUGUGCAAGGGCAAAGGGCGCGACUGUGCAUUCGCCGCCUGGGUGGCCCUCAACUGGACGCUCGAGGUCUUGCCGGAGCCUCCCUGCAAGACAUCUGCCGUUACCUCACCCGCGAAUGGGUCAGAGACCUUGUUGCCGCACCCAGCAGCUGGGCACGCCUGGAUGCAUAUGCUGAACGCAGCUGCUACUUGGAGGCGGCCCUGGGUCCCGUGCCAGGUUUGGGCAGUUUCGUCCCGUGGAAAUCACAGGAGAAUUGUGAUGUCUGUGGUUCAGCAGCGGUGGGCUCGCAGGUACCUGAGAAGGAAGGUACCGCACUAGCUGUUCGUCGAGAAUGCGCAGCUUUCGUACCCGGAUCGCAAGCCUUUGCGGCAAAGCAAGCGCUUGCUCAGCACACGUCUCGGCCAGAACAUCAGCUGGUUGGCUCCUUUGAUUCGGGCUUGGAUGAUUUACUCGGCUCUGGUGGAGAUCAGACUGAAGAUCCUGCUUUCUCGGGCAACUACAUGUGGCCAGAGGGCACCGUAGGCAAGAAGGAUGUUGUGCUGGUGGCAGGUGGCAUGUUGUCAUUGCGGCCACCUAAUAAGGGUUGGCCGCUGAAUUUGGAUACCGAGCUUCACAAGCAGCUGCGGCUUGUGAUCGGCUGCCAAGCAAGAUGCCUGAAAAUUCUUGGCACAGCUGCUGAGGCUGAAAGCACGAACAUUCUGGUCAACUUUGUGUUUCUGCAUCCGGUGAUGUUCUUCGCCGGCAAGGAGCACGAGGUCAUCGAAGUCGAGGAGGCAGAUCAGGAUGUGGACCCCAUCAUGCCGUUGACAUGGUAUGAGAAUCUUCAGAAAGAGCUGCGAAAGAUGGCCGAAGCGCAGCACGAGCGGAAGACUUGGACAAAGGGUGAGCAGGAUGUUGCAGCUCCACUGCUUCUGGUCAGUGACCUGAAGCGCGUCGUACUGCCGUGCAGCCUUCUUCUGAUGAGAAGUCAUCAGGAGUUCUGCGUCUCUGCAGCUUUUGAGAGGUCUCCUAGCCAGGAAGUCCUGUUGAUGCAUGGUGACGUCAAUGCCUUGCUGGAUCAAGUUCGAGAUCGUGAGCCGCAGGCAGCGACACCUGCGACAGCCGCAGCAAGUGCUGCAAGGCGGCGAGAUUCUGAAAGGGAGCGCCGGUCCACGGUGGCCGAGCUUUCGCAAGAAGAUCUUUCCACGGCCCGCAGGCGCAUGACCGAAGUGUCGAGGAACAGCGAAGCCGAGACGAACCUGGGAAAUCUGGAACUGCCACAAGGCUCGAAGGACUCGAAGGAGUCGCAGGACAGCCAGAGCCAGGGACGGGGACCUCAAACGGAGCCUUCGGAGCCGACUCGGAGGAGUUUUCCUUCAGAAAGCCUUCAAGAAAACGCCGACGAGGCGCCCGAGUUUCCUGAGCCCACCGAGCUGGGCCACGGAGGAGUAGCAAGGGUGGAGCCUCCACUGGCGCCUCAUGGCGAUCCUCGUCAGCCUGACAGUCCUCAAAAGUCUCAGAUUUCGGAGGCGCUUGAGGGUAGUACUAAACUUGAAGGAGCAGAGGCCCAGCAAACGCAAGAAGGACAGCAGGAAGAAGUGGCUCAACCUGCCGUGGGAGGAGAUGGUGAGACAGUCAUGGAGCAAACGUUGCUCGAGGAAGAUCUUCUGGCUGCUCCAGAUGUGCAGUUGGAGCAACCGCAAGAAAGUGCAGCCGCCAGUGCAGAGCACGGGAAUUGUAGCCCGCAGCUCCAGCAAGGGCACCUGGUGCCGCCAGUGGCGCUGGUGCCACCUGCGCCCCCGAAUCCAUUCCCGCCUUCGAGGUUCGCCGUCAGAGAAGCCGUCGUUUCAGCUGUUUUGGCAUUCCGGCCGACUCUCGAGCAACUGGCGGUUCGUCUGCAGGGCCUUGUCGAGAAGGAGGCAUUGGAGGCAUCUGACAAACAGGCCGAACGUGUGGAGUCCCUUCUGAACCGAUGGGGCUUGGAGCUGUCGGAAGGCGAAGGCGGCAUGCCACCGCCAACCAGGGCUUGCCUUGCCAUCCUGAGCCGGGAUCUGCCAAAAAAGGAUGGGUCCGGGCCCUGCCCGAGCGCCCUAGACAUGUCUGUCCAAAGUCGCAACUAUCCUGUAACAAAUGUGCUGCUUCGGUACGUGCCACAGCAUCUGAGUGUACCUCUCAUUGAGAUUCUGAAUGGCCAAAACCCCUUCACCGGUCAGAGCCUCUUAUAUGCCGCGGUGCGAUAUUCCAAUAGGUACACGCUCGCGGUCGUGGACGGGCUCCUUAUGCGUCGUGCUGACAUCAACGGACCUGGCGCCUGGCUUGAGGAAGCCGAAGCAAUGGAACCGAUGGUCGCUGCAUGCGUGCGCCGUGCUGACUUGCCUCUUGUCGAGCGGGUGCUUUGGCACCAAGCAGAUGUGAACGCGAAGUCCGAUGGCAAGCCAAUUUUGCAGAUUGCCGUUGAACGUGGCAGUGAAGAGAUCCUCUUAACACUGCUCCGCAGCCGCUGUGACGUAAAUGCAACAAACAGAAUUGGCCGCACAGCUCUUGUCGCUGCUCUCAGAACAGGAAGGCCACCUUUUCCGCUGGCCCAGCAGCUUUUGGCAGCGCGCUGUGAUGCGUCUCAACCUGAUUCGGCUGGGGUGCAGCCACUGUUGCACACGGCAAGCAUUCCCGAGCCUGGCAUCCACACCCUGCUGCUUGCACACGCUGCCGAUCCCAACGCAGUUGCGAGCCCUGCCACUGAUCGGCAGGCCCGCCUUUUGCACGUUGCGGCACAGGCCAAAAACGAGACCAUGCUGAAGUGCUUGCUGGAAGCUGCCGCUGACGCAAACGCACCUGAAGGCCUUGGAAGGACGGUCUUGCACCUGGCAGUUUCCCAGAGCCUUUCCAAUGAAACUAUGGCCGCCAUAUUGCAUGCUCGUGGGGAUCCGAAUAUCAUGACGGGGCAAGGUUCCGGUGGCGAGACCCCACUGCGUUUGGCUGUCUUGGCCCAAUCACCUGCAAAAGUGGUUAUGUUGCUGGAGGCCAGAGCCAGUGCCAACGGCUGCAAUUUCGCUGGCUGCACGGCUCUUCAAGCAGCUCUCUGCUCUGGCGACAGCCAGAGAAUCUCUGACUUCUUGUUGGCUUCCGGCGCAGAUCCUCAGUUUAAGCGCAGGACCCUCCUGACAUCGCAGGAGUUUUCUCAUAUCAGCUCUCUAGAUCUCAGUCACACUGUACCGACCGUUCCUCCCAUCACGAUCCAGCCUUUCAGGGCGGAGGUCACCAUGGGCAUACAUCCCAAAUACUUGGCCGAAACCUGGUCAAAGGCUAGGUUUCGUCGCCGGCGUGUAGUUCGGCCGGCGGAGCAGAUCGAAGACUUCGAUCCGCUUUGCCCUCUAACACUUCCACCGCUGGAGCGGAAGUUCAACCGCACGGCUCCGCGGCAGGAAAAGCUGCCGUGGAGGACCGCCUAG